GGGUUGGACUAGAUGACCUCCUGAGGUCCCUUCCAAUCCUGAUAUUCUAUGAUUCUAUGAUUCCCGCCACACUCAUAUGUACACGCACGUUCACACAAAUACACUCAGAGAGAGACAGACAUACACAACAGAAACACACAUUCACACUGUCUCUCUCACACACAACCUCUCUCACACACACCCACUGAAGCACACUUACAGACACAUCAAGCUGGCAACCACAGAGAUGCAACAUGGACACAUGGACAGUCCCACACACACAGUCAGACACACAGAUAGUCACGUGCACAUAUGGACAGUCCCACCCACAGACAGACACACACAACCACACACAUCUUAGUCCAUUGUGGAAGCUCAAUGGCUCAGAAUCUGGGCUCCUUACCGGGGCUCUGGCUCUGGGUAUAACCACAGUGUUUUGGGGGAUACCUCCCCACACAUCCUGUAUCACCCCUGGCCUGUGCAUCUCUCCUGACUCCCAGGUCCUCUCCCCUUUCUAGACCAGCUCCCCUUCCUGUCAUAGCCAUCUCCGCUGGGGCCCCCUACUGAGCCCCCUGCAGCACGGCCUACUGGGGGUCUAUCUCUUGCCCACUCCGGCUCCAGGUGGGGCUGCUAGUCAGGGCAUCUCUCUGGCUCUGUUUUAGCUCCUCUCCGCUCAGUUCUUGAGACCCCUCCGCGGGGGCUUUGCUCUUUACUAGGCAAGAAAAAUGGCACAACACUCCAUGCUCAGCCAGAACCAAGCUCAGCCCUGCCUCUCACACCCUCUCUAUACCCAGCCCAGCAGGUUCUUCACCACCAUGGAGGUUUCCAGUGGAACCCAACCUGGGCCAUGGGGGAAGUUGGGAGACAUACUGGACUCCACAGCAUCCCCUGCUGCUCACUGAAGUGAUGCCGAUGUGGAGGGGUAGAGCUAGGGUGAUGAUAACAUGACCUGGGCGGAAGUGGAGUGGGUGGGAAAUCAUCCACCUGAGUUAUAAAUGGAUCAUCAUCCCAUUUCUGAUCAUCACCUGGCAGAAAAAGAAGACCUUGAAUUUUCCCCACACUUUGAUUAGAUUGAGACUCUUCCCAGACUGCGCCUCACUGAAUCCUCCUUCACUGAGAAGCUGUACGGCUCUGGAAUUCUGCUGUGAUGCUGGUGUGAGCGGUGGGAAACCGGUGUGAGCGGUGGGAUACUGGUGUUAGCCAGGGGAUAUUGGUGUUAGCAGUGGGAUAUUGGUAAUCAAGGAUUCUGCUAUGGCCACCACCGUGACAGCCGGCUCAGCCGGCCCCAUCACCAUUAUCAACAGGUUCAUCACCCAGCCCCACACGCCCAGUGCUGCCAUCCCGGCCAAACCGCAGCCCCUGGAGAAGUUCCACAAGGGGGAGCCGCUGGCCCUCGGGAUCACCCAGAUCCUAGUUGGAGCCGUGCAGUUUGCUGUCGGGGUGGUGAUGGCUAUGGUCAACUCCUAUUUGUGGAUAAUGGCAUUGAGUGUGCACGUCCCGAUAUGGAGUGGGUUGCUGUACAUCAUCUCGGGGGCCCUCUCAGUGGCGGCUGCAAAGAAUCCCAAGAUACAACUGGUGAAAGGCAGCCUGGGAAUGAACAUCAUCAGCUCGGUGCUGGCCGGAUGUGCCAUGAUCCUGUACCUGAUCAGCUUGAUGGAAUCCAGGCAUCAGAACAGGUGUAACUGGUACCCGGAGGAAUGCAUGGCUUAUAAGGUAACCAUGGCCUGCAUCAUGGUUCUGUUCCUGUUCACCCUCCUGGAAUUCGUUGUCUCCAUCUCCACUGCGGCCUUUGGGUGCAAAGCCAUCUGCCGGAACAGCUACAGCGAAGUGUCUGUGGUCAUUUACCAGAACAUGGUGCCUCCAGGUGAUCCAACUACUGCCACCAACACCCACACUGACGCUGUUGCCUGCACUCCUCCCCCUUACACGGACAUCGCCACCCCAUGAGCUGCUCCCUAGGGCAGCCACUGCCUGGAUCACCAGCUCCUUACAUACCGUGGAGACCAAAGCAGCAGAAUGGGAACUGGUCAUAGCUCCUCGCUCCCGACACUGAGCCUGCUGACCCCCAUGCACUGAUCACACUGCCCAUGGCGAGAGAGAUGUCUGACUCACAGCAUCACACAAUUGAUCUGCCGGUCUCCUGGCCCUUUCCGUUCCACCCCUGUGGGUGGGAUUUCAGCCCCAGGUCCCACACUCUAUAACAUGUCCAGGCUGUCUCCAAUAAAACCUUUUUCUCUAAU